UUUCAACUAUCGGCAGGUAGGCUGUGAAGUAUCAUUACAGAAUAUCCCACAGCUGAGGUGUGUCAGCAUUUUGGCCUGUGAACUGAUGGAGCUUAAGCAGCGUGCACUGUGUGGGUGCAGCUCCUAGGCACCCUGUUCGGUCCGGUGCAAACCUGUGAGCGCGCAGUGACUCCACCGUGCUUUGUUGGAUGAAACUGGACGAUGGGAGCCCAGCUGCUGCACGGACAAUGCCACAAAACCCGGCCACCUCCCCGGCAUGGACCCAGAGCAGCCUUUCCUCCCAGCCCGUAGGGCCAGCGUGCUGCCCUGGUCUAACCAAGGCUCCAGAGGCAACAGAGGGUGCAGUGCCCUUUCUCUUCCCAAGAGCUGUGCCCAGGUGUGACCUCAGGAGGGGUGCACAUCGCCUCUGCACCUCGCACCCACCUCCCCAGCGCCGAGCCCGCUCCUCACUAUGACGGACCGGCGGAGGCACCUCGGCGCUGCCUCGCUGCCAGCGCUCUCCCGCCGCCCCUCGCCCCGCACAGCGCGCCCCACGCCCAUCCCAAACCACGGAAUCCCGGGCCCUGCGCCUGCGCUGAGGCCCAGCGCGUUUCCGCUUCCCCGGCGCCCGCCCGGGAAAGAGGGAGGUGGCUGCAUCCCAGCUGCUGUCCCCGGAGCCUGCGCAAGAGCACCGCAUCGCGCCUCCCGCCCUGCCCUCCUCCUCCUCCCGGGCUCCAGUUCCGCGAGGGCCCGCUCCGCGCCCCGCCCCGGGGAUGCGCUGCUCGGCGCCCGCUCGUGGGAGCUGCGCGGCGGGCGGGGAGCGGGAUGGAGGUGGAGGAGGCGUUCCCGCUGGUGGGGCAGAUGGGCCCUUACCAGGUGUACCUGUGCGUCCUGCUGGCCGUGCUCCUCCAGCUCUAUGUGGCCACAGAAGCCAUCCUCAUCGCGUUGGUGGGUGCAACUCCUCCCUACAGCUGGGAUCUGCAAGGUCUCUCAGCUAAUCAGAGCCAUGGCAACCAUUCAGCGAGCGAGCAGAGAGCGUUUGGGGAAUGGCUUCUGACUGCCAAUGGCAGCGAGGUGCAUAAGCACAUACACUUUGGCAGCAGCUUCACAUCCAUAGUCUCUGAGUGGUUUUUAAUUGGCAAUGCAUCAUACAAAGUCAGUGCUGCCAGUUCUUCCUACUUCAGUGGUGUGUUUGUUGGAGCCAUCUCCUUUGGCCAGCUGUCCGACCGCUUCGGGAGGAAGAAAGUCUAUCUCACAGGUUUUGCUCUGGACAUCUUGUUUGCCAUUGCAAACGGAUUCUCACCCUCGUAUGAAUUCUUUGCCGUUUCCAGAUUCUUGGUGGGGAUGAUGAAUGGUGGGAUGUCACUGGUAGCCUUUGUUCUACUGAAUGAGUGUGUGGGUACAGCCUACUGGGCAUUAGCAGGUUCUAUUGGUGGCUUGUUCUUUGCUGUGGGAAUUGCCCAGUAUGCUUUAUUAGGGUAUUUCAUUCGUUCCUGGAGGACUCUGGCUGUUGUGGUUAAUCUGGAAGGAGCAGUCGUCUUUUUCCUCUCUCUCUUCAUUCCCGAGUCCCCCCGCUGGCUCUAUUCCCAGGGCCGUCUGAACGAGGCAGAAGAUGCCCUGUACCUCAUUGCAAAGAGGAACCGCAAGCAGAAAUGCACUUUUUCAUUAAAACUCCCAGCUGAGAGGAGCUCCAGAGAGGCUGGCAGCUUUCUGGAUCUGUUCCGCUACAGGAUUCUCCUGGGACGCACCUUGAUCAUGAUGUUCACCUGGUUUGUGUGCAGCUUGGUGUACUACGGUCUUACCCUUAAUGUGGGUGACUUAGGUGGAAGUAUUUAUGCCAAUUUAGCCCUCUCAGGCUUGAUAGAAAUCCCAGCAUACCCAAUCUGUAUUUACUUGAUUAACCAAAAAUGGUUUGGUCGGAAGCGAACGUUGAGUGCAUUCCUGUUCCUGGGAGGAUUGGCUUGUCUUAUUGUCAUGUUUCUGCCUAAGAAGAGAGAUACUGGAGUGUUUGCAGUGGUGAAUAGUCGCUCUCUGUCUUUGCUGGGAAAACUGACAAUCAGUGCUGCUUUUAACAUUGUCUACAUCUACACAUCAGAACUUUAUCCCACUGUCAUCAGGAAUGUUGGAAUGGGUGCCUGCUCCAUGUUUUCCCGUGUCGGUGGAAUCAUUGCGCCUUUUGUCCCUUCACUGAAAUCUGUACAGUGGUCUCUGCCUUACAUUGUGUUUGGAGCAACUGGUCUGUUGUCUGGGUUCUUAAGCUUAUUGUUGCCAGAGACCUUAAACAGCCCUUUGCUAGAAACUAUUUCAGACCUGCAGGUGUGCUCCUACUGGAGGCUGGGUGAUGAAGCCAUGUCGCUGCAAGCCCUAGAUGGCUCACAGUCUGGAGACAAAGACAGCUCUACAGGGAGUGGAAGUGAAGAUGAGGAGUUCUAUGAUGCUGAUGAAGAGACUCACAUGAUCAAGUAAUGAAAGGAAGAAACACUGGCCUAUUCUGUGCCUCUUCUUGCCCAGUCAGUCCAGCUGUAUGACAAGUACUGGGGACCUUGCUUGCCAGGCAAUGUAAUUGGGCAAGUGCCUGUGUUUUUCCUUACUAGGAGAGGGAUUUGAGUAAUGUUCAGAUGGAUAACAUCACUGAUGCUCUCCAUACGAGGCAGCCAUCCCAAUUCUUGUGGUUCAGAAUGACAGUGCAUGGACUGCAUUUGAAGCCAGGUGAGACAGCAAGAAUGGGAUGAUGUAUUUCAGAAGCCCAGGAAAUAACCCAGGGUUAGACAGAUUUGGACAGAUCAUCAGUGCACAUGUGUUAGUAUUUUGUUUUCAAGGUGGUGGAUUUUGUUUCAGGACAAAUUGGUAAACUUGGAAACAACCACUGUAUUUUUCCAUAAGGGUGAAAGUGGUCAGAGAAUGUGUUUUGUGCUACUCCAGUGGGAACAAAUUGCUGAAAUUGUAUGUUAAAAUGGCUUUUGUCUAUUCAGUAGAGAAGAGGCAGCUGUAAACAAAAGGUUUCUCUGUGUGCACACCUGUGCAGAGUUACAGGUAUAACUGAUUACUCAUGAGCUGGGCUUUAACUUAGUGAUAAUGGAACCCUGAGAGGAAGGACUACACAAAAGAGCAGCCACAAAGCCUGCGAGCAUAAGGAGCAUUACUGACUUUUUUUCCUUUUUUUCAUACACAAAGCUUUCCUUGGUCUGUCUUGUGUGUGUGUUUGCCUCAUCUUCCCCACAUCUCAGCACGGCUGUUUACAGCCUUGCCUACUUUUACCUUGUCCUCACUUUGCCAUAUCUAUUGAAGCUCAGCAACUUCUCUGUGGAGUGAAAUAAUUCUGUGACGCAUGUCUUUUCUGGGUGCAACAAAGGUGAGGUAUUUAUCACAUACUGUGUGUGUGGUGUGUUAGAAUGUAUAGCUCACUUUUGUGGAUCUAUCUGGGUCUUUAUUUCUGGAAAAGGCUUAACUCUGAAGUGGUAAGAGGAACUGUGGGGUGCUGUUAUAUUUUGGGUGUUACUCUCAGGAAGCUGCUAGUGUUUAUUUUAAAAUCUUGUAUGUAGCUAAGGUUUUCAUUUAAAAAGAAAGCAAAUAUCUUUGGACCAUUUUGUUACUUGAUGUUUUUUAACCAGUGCUUGCUCAAGCACUUGUUUACUUGACCUUUUUAAGGAAAACAACUUCACUUUCCUGUUUUCACUGAACUUUCUCUAAGUGCUUCAUUGGAGGGGUAUGGAAUCCUGAAAUAUGAAACAUGAACAUGUGAAAUGUUCCAACUACAAAAGUGACGCCUUACAAAGAUUCCAUUUUCUUGAUGACAUUGUCAUCGUCCUCUAAUCUGUGGCUUCCUAUUUGUUAAGAUUGGUUUCCAUAAAAUGUAGUCUUCCUACUUUAACUUCCUGGCAAAGUGCCACACAAUGGCAGCAAAUAUAUUUUCAGGCUCAUGAGCCAUUUUUGCAGAUCUUAGGAUUAAGAAAAGUGGGUCUAAAAAUAUCAAAAAGCUGCUGAAUAUUUCCUGGUUAAACUGAGAAGUUCCUUUACUCUGCAAGGAAGUGAAAGUAAACAGCAUCUGAAGUUUGCAGCUAGCUGCUUGAACUUUGUUCACUGGGACCUGUAAUGCUGAGCAAAGUGCAGCUGCCCUGGUUGGUGCAGAGGGCAGCCCAGAGCCUGCAGCUUCACACAUGCAGCAUUCCAGUUGGGGCUGAACUGGAUCCAGGUGUUGACUAUGAGCAAACUUGGGAACUUCAGUCCCUAUGGACAAUCUGUCAAUAUUGUUGUGACUUUUGCCUGUAUUUUGCGUGUCACUAGAAGAAUUCUCACUCAUUGUCUUCACUGUUUUUUUUCCUCCCCAGGCUAUUGAGUAGUUGUUGUAGAUGUGGCACUUUUUAACCCCAGUAGUCUUUCUGCCUUAUUUGGCUGUUUUGCGUAUAAGAAAAUUUCACCAAAUAAGGUACUCAGAAAUAGUUGGAAAAGUUGAAUCUAUUAAAAUAUUUUUAAUUUUUUUACUCACACUUUAAUUUAUGGACAGCUAGGAAAAUGACUUUUCAUUGCUGAUGUCAAACAGCAGUAAGCCUGGCGGUAUUAACAUGUUGCCAAGAGCCAACAGUUGUUUUUCAGUGUUUGUUGCCUCUGUCCCUCUUUGGAUGUUGGGUGGAGUAAGUCAGGAACUGUCAUUAUCUGCUCCUGGUAAUCCUAUGUAAUGCCACAAGACCCUCAAUAGAAUUUUCAUUAACAGUAGGAUGCUGUAAUGGUUCUGGUGGAGAAAAUUACUCUUUGCAGGACCUGAGCUAGAUUUUGUGAGUCUUCAACUAAAAAUUAAAUUUACCUCUCCACUCAUGCACUUUUAUAUCAUUGGUAUACAUAUGUAUAAUUGCAAAAAAACAGGAGUGAAAACAAAAUUAGCUGCUUUUUUUUUUUUUUUUUUUGCAUAGGAGUUGCUGCUCUUUUUUUAACCUUAAAUCUGUCCCAUGUUUUCACCUUUAGAACUUUGAAGGGAAUAUUUAAAAAGGAAUUUUAAGUCAUCCAUUGUUACUUUUCCAUAUCAGUUAAUUCAGAAAGUUUAUGAGAAAAUUCCUGCAGGAAGAGCGCAGCAAUGUAGCAUCAGACUUUGCUCUCCAGCUUUCUGUUCUGAAGCUCAAAUCCAUUAGGUACAUUAAGUUUCUUUUCUGAGGCUGUUCAUUUUUAGUAUGAGCUGGCCUUCCGGUACAGAAACCUGUAGGAUGACUUCUCACCCAUGAUAUGCAAUGCUUUACAAUAUUGAGAUAGUUGUAUCCCAGUGUCUAGGUAGUAAGUUUGCCACGAGGAGCUCCUGGAAAGCAGAGGAUGAUGCAGCACUGGAUACAUCCCUUUCCUGCAUGUUGUAAUGCCAGGAGUCUGAGGGCAGGGUUCUUGCUAUAGCUUAGUGCAGUAUGAUACUCUUCUGCCGUGUUUAUUGCUAGAGCAGCCAGUACUGUUAGCUAUUUUUGUGUUGUGCAGGCACUGAGGUAGCACUUUUCCCAUGAUGGAAUUUCUUCUCUGGAUUCCUUUGGCUGUGAUUUUUUUUCCAGGGAGUUCAUGUAGUGGGAUUGUGCUAGAGAGAAGAGAGCUUUCCCGUGGUGCUGGUUAGUCAGGUCUCAGCAGAAUCCCAAACAUACCUCACCUACCUGGGAAGCUCCCAAGGGAAUAGAGCUAAGAGUGAAGGGGAGUGACAAGUCAUGUGGGACAGCAAGGAGGAGAAUGAGCUGGAAGAAGUUUAAAAAAAUGGAGGAUUCAACUAAAACACUUCAGGGCAAGGGUAAGUGAAAGCACAAAAUAGCAGCUGUUGGGUAGAAAUACCCUCCUUGCUCCUUGUCUUAUUUUGAAGCUUCUGCUUUCAGAGCUGAUACUGGUUCCAGGAUGUCAUACUGGGGCUAUCAGUUUCAUAAUUUCCUUUCUAAUGUCUGCUGUGUCCAGCACUGCCUCUUCAGUGAUGAAACAUUUCUUUGGAUCAAAAUAAAAUGUGGCCUGCCUCUUUUCUUUUGGACUCAGCUUCUUUAUGAAAUGGCACUGCAUCAAAAUAAUUAAAAUUGGAAAGCCCUGUUUUGGGGAUUGUUGUAUAACUGGUCAUUAUGGCUUAAUUUGCCAGCUUGCCUUUAGGACAGGAAUGCUGGAAUAAUUUGUUUGUCAUACAACCUCUUGUGAAAUUAUACUUCAGCCUUCUAAAAGGGUUUUACUACCUGGCUUCUUUUGGUAGGCUGAAGAGAAUGCAGUACAAAAGUGAUUAGACAAGUUUAUUUGUUUUUGAUUUCUCUUGAAAACAAAGCUCUCUGUUCAGGAAUUGGGAAAGUGCUGUUCAGAGUCCCGUGACAUACCAGGAACUUAGAAGGUCUGUGUUAAAGGAGAGGCAGAGAUGACUCUGUGUUCAGGUCAGGAUGCUGAGCGAAGAACCUCUCCAGAGACACCUAACUAACAUGGGGCAGGUCGUAGCUUGUUUCCACUGCAGUUACAGUCAAGGCUUUAAGGAUUGGAGCCACGUUCUCAUCAGCUCAAUGUGUGCAAUCCAUGGCAGUGUUUCCAAACUGUGUGGAUGUUCUGAGGUUAGUUGGAUAUCAUUUACAGAACCAUGGGGAAUGCAGCUGAGCUAUACAUUUUACAGUGUAUUUCACCUGAGCAUAUAAAAGCAGUUUGAAAGAGAAUGUUUUUCUUGUGCUGAGGAAAAGGGGAAAGUGAGGAAUCUUUCCUGGGUGUGUUAAAGGGAACAUUUGAGCCAAACCUCUUGUUCCUGACUUUUCUGAAUGUAGAUAAUCACUGAAUGCAGAUUGGGUCAGUAGUAUUUUGUUUUAGCUGAAGGUUGGUGUGCUAUUGAUCCCUUUUCCCACUCAGUGAGAGCUUCUCUGGUUCAUGCUCUUUGACACAGCUGAAUCUGUGACUGCAAACUGUGAGCCUUGCAGUAAAGAUGUCAGAAAAGCCCAAGAGCAGUGCUGUCAUUUGAUGGUGGUAGUUAGUCUGGCCUGACACAAUGCUUGUAUCAGAAAUGUCUAUAUUCAGCUGUUUACCAAACAGGAGACUUAGGGUAUAGCUGUAUUUUGAGUCUCAUUCGCUGUACCUUACUGCAAGAUAUGUGGUAGAAAGACAACUAUGUAAGAAAACCUCUUUGGCAGAUCCGAACGUAGAAUUGGAGGGUGAACAAAUUUAUAAAUAAUUUUUCCAUGCUGUGUAUUUUAAUGCAUUUUAAUUUUGUCUAGUCUGUUGUAGCCUUCAAAUUUUUCAGGUGCUACUGUUAUUCAAGGCUAGUAGAGCUGGGUAAAGCUUUUACCCAGAUAGCCUGAAUUUACUGAACUUUCUCAUCUUAAUUUUGGUCCUAUUCUCUGUUUCUGUCAUUCUGAAAAAUGCUCCUGUAUUGCGUAAUAGGUAACAAAUUUUUUUGUUCCACUUUGAAGUGCCUGUUUUAUAAAAGUAGUCUUUAAUUUGCUCAGUCAGUUUUAUAUGGGACUAUGUGUAAAGUAGCAUCAUAGAAUUGGAUUGUAUAAGCGCCAAAGACAGUUUUUUCUGGAAAGCAAUAGUCCAAAACUAGUUCUAGCUGCCCUCAUUUAGAAUUUAACCAUGCAGCCUGCCAGAACUGGUACUUACAGGCAUCCCUGAAACUACAGGGAUAGAGAGCUACCUUUGUUUGCUUGUCUUUCAUUGCUCAGUUCACUUAAGUAGCUUUUGUUUCUGAGAAACCAAAGAAAUGAAAUGCAGGAUUAAAGUGUUUGUUUUGUAGAACAUUCAGAAUUUAUAGCAUGUAGCCAUUACAGAGAAAUUGCACAACCUGUUUGAUUCUGAGUUGCAAAUAUCUAAGUUUACUCUAAGACUGAUAAAACCUGGUUAAAAACUGCACACUGGAAUUUGUUAGUUCAUUCAUCAAUCUUACAACUUAGCAUUGCUAGUAAACAGUUUGCCUGGAGCUUCAUGGGAUCUAGCAGAUUUUUAUAAAAUGCACACUCUGUUUGAGGCACUGCUAAAUAAUAACGUGGAUUUUAAAUCCCUGUUACAACUAAUAUUCACUGUAAGUCAGCCUUGUCAUGGCUGCAUGUCUGUCAGCAAAAAAGCAGGUGGAUAAAACUUUGUGCAGCAAGAGCUGAUUAGACCCAAAAGAAAGAUUGUUUCUUUCCAGCCAUUCUCUGCUAUGUGUACAGAAAAAAGGGGGACCAUGGGGUGUAUACAGCGAGACUGUAGGAUGGAGUAUAUUUAAAUGCUUGCCUGCCCUUAUUAACUAAAGGUUUGUAGAGGGAAUCUGUUUUUAUCAUGCAUGUUACUCCUUCUCACCAACACAUCUGAGGUGCUCAUAUUAUACCUACUUUGUCAGGAGCCAGUCAAGAAGUAUGGCAGUAAGAAAACCUUUGCCAGUAUUGAAAGUUGUAUUUACUUAAAAAUAUCCUGGGAGAGGCAUCUGGUACAUUAUCUGGUACAUCUGUUUUCAAACAAAAUGUUUUUAAAUUGUGGAAGCUUGAUUGGGAGACAGGCAUUUCUGAUGUUACUCUGUAGGAAAAAUCAGUUUAGCAGAUACUGAUGAAAAUUGUUAUAGAGCAAACAACUGCUAGGUGAUCUGUGAUGAGAGUUGUGUAUGCCUUGAUUUCAAGUAUGCCUCUAAAAUACUGGUUUCUAGUAUUUGAUCCCUUUCACUCCUCAAAAUUCAACCCAAAUUUUAUUUUGUUCUUGUUAAAAUUUGUGUAAUGUGGAAAUGGGAAGUACAUUUUUCAUAUGGAUACUUUUAUUGCACUACCUUUGCUUCCUGAAUCAAAUAGUAUUUUGAUUUUUUAAGCUACCUCUUUUAUGUUGAGCUUUUUUUGUCACUUUUGUAUUUAAUUGAUUUUGGGGAAACUACAAAAUAUUUACUUUUUUGAUUUGUGUAGGAAUCUGUGACCUAAAGUCCUCAAGUCAUCCUUCUUUUUUAAAGGUUUUGUCAAAGGCCUUUUAAAUAUAGUUAAAAGACUUUAAACUUCCAAGAAGCAUCGUAAUUACACAGUUAGAACAUGGGUUUUCUGUAUAUAUUGUUUGCCUUUAAAAGGGACAGAAAGCCCUUAAUUUUAUACUAAUGUCAGCUAAAGACAUGAUUUUUCAGGGGCAGUAAGUUUUGAGUUUUGGGGGGCUUUAAUCAGUUAAAUUUAUUGCCAAUUAGAGUUUUUUGUUACUGCUUUGGUAUUGAAAUUAAAAAUAAUGAAAACACUUAAGAAGAAUGCUGCUGCUUUUCUCCAGACAUUGGUCUUCCGUCUCUCUCCCCACGCCAUCCUCCAAUUCCUUGGCUGCUUGUCAUGCUUCAGCAAGGCAACAGGCAGCACAGGAGAUUGGGCUCAGUCUGUUGUGCUUCUGUUUAUUCACUCCUCUUUGUUUCUUGUUCUGCUGCUCUCUUGUGGGUUUCAUCACCAGCCACAAUCCCUUUAGAGUUGUAGCUCCUUUUGAGUCUACUCUCAGCCCCUGCUCAGGCUUAUUUUUCUUUGGUGUUUCUCCUGCUCAGCUCAGUCUCUCAGUUUCUCUUGUGCUGGCAUGGGCUUAUCCUUUUUCCUCGUCCUUGUAGCACUGUAAUCUCUUUUUCUUGGCAUUUACAGCCCUAUCUUAGGUCAAGUAACUGAAACUCCUAAGGACAUAAACAGACAUUUAUAGCCAAGCUGUGUGUCUGUGUGCAUUUACAUCCUUGCUGAUUUGAGAAGACAGAACUUAGGCCUCCUCUUGACCAGAGGACCAGCCAAAGGGACAGACUAUUUUUUUUUUGCUGCUCCACCUGUCAUCAUCCUGAAAACAAAUCUUUGUGUAGUCUCUGUGUCCUGUAGACUUCUGCAUUGUUUUCUCAUUCCUGUUUAAUUUGAGCUAACAAUCAAAAGCCCUUGCCAGCUGAGAGCUGAGUAACAGGAAACUGGUAACGGGGGCAGGGGGAGCAGAUUCAGUUCAAAAAUGAAGUUGUAUAUAGUUGAUGUGUGUGUUGUUGACUAUUUAAUUUGGGUUAAUGGAAUACUGAGUGUUCUGAGCCUUCCCAUGUUAAAAUGAGGACUGAUAUAUUUCAGAACUACUUUCUCUUCUUUAACUGUAUUAGUGUGCUGUUGUUAACUCAGAGCUGUACUGCUGGAAAGUCUGUUUGUAGAAUACUUCAUCUGAGAAGUCACAAUUGAAGACAGCAUAAGCUUUUCCACAGUAGACCUUUUAUGGUGAUAUAUUCAUAUGUUCUGUGAACAGCUGUUGGAUCCAUCUUUUUAAGAUGUUCUUUGCCAUAGGUGAGGGGCCAUAGCAAAUGUUGAAAUAUUCAGAAUAAUUGCACUUACCUAUUCUGUUUUCUUAAUGUAUUUCCUAUGCAUAUUGCCUUACCUGUAUGUAUUGUACUUCACUGGAGGUACGAAAAGUAAAUAUCAGGUUCUUAAUUUACAACAUGUUAAUGAGUUUUUAAAAUAAUUCUGUAAUACUAAAUAUUUUCCAGUGAUCUCUGUCUGCUAAGAGAGGGUGAUGAUGGGUAAACCCAGUUGAAUUUAGUAAGGAGUUAAUAUUUGUGGUCUUUACUUUCUCUUUUAAUUUCCAAAUUAUUUCAAUAAUUUUACAUACAUCUUUUAAGAAUUUUGUAGAUGCUAACCUAUGUUAGUAAACCAACUUCUGGGUGAUUUGUAACAGCUCUGAUACUGCCUCUGACUCGUACAGUUCGUCCAAUGUCUUUGUAACUUAUUUUGUGCCUUUUCUUCCCCUGACACAAAAUGUCUCAAUAAAAACAGUUCUUUUGCAACACCACAAA